AUGUCUGAUCUCUCCAGUGGUCCUCUCGCUCUUGCUACCAACAAUCCUUCUUCUGCCAUCAUCCCCAAACUAGAAGAUCAAGAUGAUCACACUCACACUUUGCUCAAUCUAAAAUCCUCCGACUCCCAAGCCGUUCUCUCCAUCGACUCCUCUUUGAACAACGACAAUCUACUCAACAACACCAUCAACAACAUGAGCAGUAUCAACAGCAUUAUCAACAACGACUCCACUAAUCGCCCCAACAGCCCCAUCGCCAUCCAGAAUAUCCAAAAUUCCCCAACCUCCCCAACCUCCCAAAACACCCAAAACAUUGAAUCCAGCAAUAACAUUGAAUCCAACAAUAACAUCGAAAUCCCCCAAAAUAACGAUAACACCGACAAUAUUCAAACCACAAACAGCCCCCAGAAUAACGAAAUCAUUCAGGAUAACCAAAAUCCCCAAGACAAUGAAAACACAAACCUAUCCCAAAACUCAAACUCAAACUCAAACUCAAAUUUGCAAAUAAAUAACAAUUCCACAAUAUCGAAUCCCUCCACUUCAACUUUCACUCCUCCAAACUCCGUCGGCUACUACGACAGAACUGGCAUCGAUGCCACAAAAUGGUCAAAGGAAAUGAACGAUCUCUUUAUCAACUUGCUCAUAAGAGAGUCUUCUGAAAACUUUUACGAAAAAAAUGAAAACGACUGGUGUAGGGAUUCCUGGGAUAGAAUCACCAAAGAACUAGACCUAGCCUUUCCACUAAAAGCAAAAGUCAACAAAUUCGACAAAACAAAAUUGAAAAAACACUUGAAAAUACUCAAAGACGAACACGCCUACUGGCGCUUCAUCAAGGACAACGCGAAGGGCUUUGUCUGGUUAAUGAGCAAAGGUUGCUUUAACCUAGAUUACUACGAAGUCGAUCACUACUUUGCCCUAAACAAAUUCAUCGAGGAUGAAGACGUUGUCAAAAGAUACCAAAGAAAAAAAAGUUGGGUUAAAAAAUUCUGCAUCCCCCACGCUUGUGACUAUCUUGUUAAAUAUGACCAAUAUAUCUACAACCAACCUUUAAAUCACACUGUCAACGUCGUUGAAGGUGAAGAAAUUGAUAACGAUAACGAAAUUGAUAAUGAUAAUGAUAACGAAAAUGAAAUCGAUAAUGAAAACGAGAACGAAAACGAAAACAAUAACGAAAAUUACAACUACAACUACAACGAUAACGAUAACAACUCAAUCAACAACGACAACUACUCCAACAUCGAUGACAAUGAUAACAACAACAUCAACAACAACAACCACCUCAUCAACAACAACAAUAACAACUACAACUACAACAACUCAAACACAAACGUCCCAAUCUCAGACGUCUACAAUAACGACUCAGACACUGACGAUAACAACAAUAACAACGACUUGAAUCAACUACAAUACAAUAACCAAUACACCGACUCUCAAUAUAACCACAACAUCUCCCAUCAAUCCCAAAAACAAAUCCUUUCAAACACUGAUAUAUUGCAAAAACACAACUCAAAAGAUGACGAUCUAAAUGACGAAGAUAACGAAAUGCUAGAACUAAGUGGCUAUAACACAAGCUCAAAUAACAACAAAAGAUCAAGCUCAGCUCAGUUAAUACCCAAAUCAAUUAAACUUUUGAAAACUAAAAGCAAAUCUCCUCAAAUCAGAUCUGCAAAUGGCAGCCUAAUCCCACUAAGAACUAACAAUCGAAUUGUCAAAAAAAAACCUUCCAAAUCUAGAAAUUCAAACCCAAACACAAACUCAAAUCCAACCCCCAAAAGAGAUUACAAUCAACCAAACUCCUUUAACAACAACAACAAUAAUAAUAAUAAUAAUCAAAUCAUGGUCAAAAGAGAACUCAACUCUCCCUUUUCUUUUAAUGAUUCCCAGUUUGAUAACCAAAAUUAUCCAAGAAACAAUUCUCACAACCACAUUAACCAUCUUAAUCAAAAUAUCCUAUUCCUAAGUAACUCCGGCAAAUUUAACAAAGUCUCCAAAAUUGUUAUGAAAUUUGCUUUAAACCGUAAAAUUUCAACAAAAGCUCAACAAGUUGUCUCAAAAUUAAUUCUAGACGAUAUAAUCUUGUACAAUUUCUUAAAUGACGACACAUUUGAAGAAAGAGAAAAAAUUCGUUAUAUCAAUAAAGUUUGUGAAGAAACAUGA